AUGCCUGAAAAGGACGAGACUGCGGCGUUUGUGGCGCGCGACUGGAGCGUCUUCAUGCAGACGCCACUGUCGGUGGUCAUCAGCCAGAUGGAGACGCGCCACGUGACCAAAAAGGUCCGCGAGUACCUUUUCGAAGGGUACGAAGACCCUCUGAUUUCGCUCGCAGACACGCUGCCCGCCCUCGCACAAAUCGACAUUCCAUUCGACCGAUUCGGCUGGUUUUACAAAAGAAAUAAUUCUGAUGAGUACGACGGUUUCUUCAAUAUGGACACGGGAGCGGACGAUUUAAACAAAGUGGGUCGUCUCAGAAACUGGAAUUAUGUCAACAGAACAAACUAUUUCCCUUCCACUUGCGGAAUGGUUAAUGGCUCGGCAGGUGAACUUUGGCCUCCAGGGCAGACCAAGACCAACAUUUCCAUGUUUUCGCCUGACCUUUGCAGGUCACUCACCUUUGGCUACACAGAGGACGUUGACGUUCACGGCGUGUCCGGCUAUCGCUACUCGGGCGGUCGCAACAUUGUGGACAACGGGACGGUGGACGCGGACAACUGGUGCUUCUGCAACGGCGACUGCCUGCCCAUCGGGGUGGUGAACGCGUCCAGCUGCCGCUACGGCGCCCCAGCCUUCGUUUCCUACCCGCACUACCUGAUGGCCGACCCUUACUACACGUCCCUCAUCAACGGCAUGAGUCCUGAAAAGGAGAAGCACCAGUUCUACGUUGUUCUGGAACCGACAACUGGAAUUCCUCUGGAUGUUGCUGCCAGGUUCCAAAUCAACAUCCUCCUUCAACCUGGUCAGUAUAUAAGCAUGUACAAGCGGGUGCCGAGAGUUUUCUUCCCAAUCAUCUGGUUCGAGCAGAGGGCGACGAUGACCCCAGAAAUGGCGUCGUCGCUGCUGGCCUUGUUGGCCCUGCCGAGCAAUGGUGCCAUCGUGGGAAUGGUCAUGGCUGUGGUCGGAGUGGCCGCCGUCGUAGUGGCCAUUUCUUGCCUCAUUCGUCUGAAAGUGGCCAAAGCGUCCGAGAAAAGGUGCAAAAACAUCCAACUGAACACGUCCGAGUCGGGCUACCCGCUCAUGAAGAAGACUGGCAACGGCCAAGACCGAAAAGUGGCCAAGGAAGAGACGGCAUGACAUGCGGCCAAUGGUGGCCGCACUGGCCGCCCGUCCAGCAGGGCAAUCGUCUAUUGCUCCAACGUGUGAAUCGUGUCUGCGCCACUCUUGAGCUGGAUUUGGCCACCAUUGGUGUCUGUUUUGUCAAAAGUGACUGUAUCUUCGUGUGAACCAAAAUCUCGUUUAGGAUGCUUAUUUAUAAUUUAAAUAUAUGAAAUCAUUUUUGGAGCAAUUUCUUGUGAUAAAAAAUGAAUAAUUUUGAUGCAGAGACUGAUAGGGCGUUUG